AUGGAGCUGGCGGAGCCGCGCCUGCUGGACGCGCUCGCCUGCCUAGAGUGCUUCCUGGGCGCCCUGGGCUUCGUGUGGAUCUUGCUGGUGGGCGCUCCCUAUGGCCGCUACUCACCGCAGUGGCGGGGCCGCCGCCUUCCCGCGAAGACCGCCUGGGUCCUGCAGGAGCUGCCCUCGCUGGUCUGGCCGCUCUGCGAGUGCGUUCGCGCGUCCUCGGAGCGCCUCCGCAGCUGGCCCAACCGCAUCCUCCUGGCCAUGUUCAUCGUCCACUAUGUGCACCGCACCUUGAUUUUCCCAUAUCUGAUUCGAGGAGGAAAGCCCACACUGCUGUAUUCAUGGGCGAUGGCGUUUGUUUUCUGUACCUAUAAUGGCUACUUGCAAAGCAGAUACUUGAGCCAAUAUGCAGUGUAUGCGGACGACUGGGUCACCCAGCCCCGUUUUCUAACAGGUUUUGCCUUGUGGUUAUUGGGCAUGCUGAUCAACAUCCACUCAGAUCACAUCCUGAGGAACCUCAGAAAACCCGGGGAGACUGGAUACCGGAUUCCCAGGGGAGGCUUAUUUGAAUAUGUAAGUGGAGCCAACUACUUUGGGGAAACCGUGGAGUGGUGUGGCUUCGCGCUGGCCAGCUGGUCCUUCCAAGGUGGGGCGUUUGCUCUCUUCACCUUCUGUAUUUUAUUGGCCAGAGCAAAUAAUCAUCACCAGUGGUAUCUGGAGAAGUUUGAAGAUUAUCCAAAGUUCAGAAAAAUUAUAAUCCCAUUUUUGCUUUGAAUAUGUUAUCAAUGAAAUCAUCUUCAACUGGAAGUUCUCAGUGGUGUUUUUCUGGGGACCUUAUAAAUGAGCAUCUCCUUAAUUUCCCUGCUUUUUUGUUGUUUUUAUGAUACGCUGGAUUUUUCCUCAUACCCUUGUGAUCUGCCUAAUUAUAAGCUAAUCAAACUGAAAUCCAAGUUGAAGGAUCGGGCUGCGCUCCACCUCAGGACUUCUGAACUAAUGCUGAUAACUGCUCAGUCACCGCUUUCCCUCUUUGGGCUUAAUGUGUGUAAGACCAGAACGUGCAGCUGUCUUCGAUGGCUUCUCAGGGGCAGCAGGUUUCACUGUCCCUUCUGCACCUCCCUGUGUUGAUCGGUUCAAGGUCAGGGGCAGUGUGGACCGACCCUCCCCAGCCCCCUCCAAGGGGAAAUGCUGUCUGCACACUUAGACCUGAGAGGCCCGGGUUCCAGCUGCACAGUCACUGCCCGUGGGGACAGCGGGGAGCGAGGCCACUAAGGCUGCGCCCUGGCAUCUGGCGCUUGUUCCAGUCCAGCUUCAGCAGCGCAGGGCGGUGCAGGGGCUGCUCCACAAGAGCAAAUGGAGGCAAAGGUGUGCCGGGGGCAGCCACUCAGCCUCGGGCAGCCUUGCACACUGCCCAGGUGCCUCCAGCGUGCUCCAUGGCUCUUUUCUUCCUUUAGUCUGGAAAGAACUGGAAUUUUCUAAGGCCCUUUUUUUCUUUAUCUCUUAAUAUAACACAACAGAAUCUUGAAACAGUUUAAUUCUGAUGCGCCCAAGGAUACAUGGAGACAAAUGACAGGAGUUAGAGGUGUCAACUGCCUAAGUACAGAUUUUGAAGCAAAAGCUCCAUCUCGGAGGACCCUGAAUCCCUCCGCGACUUUGUGAGAAUCCAUGAACACAGCCGCAAGGUCCCUCCCGCUGGAUGCUUCAGCCUCACUGAUGCAGAGGCCAGCGGCAGCUGGAGGAUGUGGUGCUGAAGAGGCUGUUUCGCCCCGUGGCUGGUCCUGGUCGGCUCAGCUGGCCUUCAGCGCCGGGCGCGCCCUUCUCGGCAUCCCCACAGACAGCGCUUCCUCUGCGCGGUGGGUGGUAGUCUCUCGUGGUUCUAGAGUCGACAGAAAACUUCAUGCUGUGGCUGUUUCACUUUAACAAAAAGCAUUGUUUUUGCAGGGGAAUUUUGUUGUUAGAUAAACUUCUGCCCUUUUUCUGUCCAAAUAAUUGCGUGAAACCCUAAAGCAAUAAAUAUUCUGGAUAUCCUCAGGAACACUGGAAUGUGAGCUAGUCUUCAUUGAUCCGAGCGGGUGUGUUCCGGGAGGUGCACCUGAUGGGCGAAGGUGCUUGACUCAGAACCAGAGGUGCUCACUGUUAGGUUUACUCGGUUGGUGCUUUUCUGCCCCCUGGGUACCGGGGAUGGAACCCAGAGGUGAUCUACCGCUGAGCUACGUGCCCAGCCCUUUCUGCUUUUUACUUGGAGAAGGGAGCUUGCGAAGGCACCCAGGCUGGCCUGGAACUUGCAGUCCUCCUUUCUUGGCCUUCUGAGUGGUUGGGUUGACAGGUAGGCACCAGGGAUGUCUCCUUUUUAUUGAAUGACUUGUGGGUACAAAAGUCUAGGUUAGCCACGGGUUGGAUGCUGCCGCCCCCUUCCCAGACCCAGUAGGUGAAUGAUUAACUCAGGAAGAAAUCCUGUCCUUCUUACAUGUCACUGCCCGCUUUUUCCUGAAAUUGUAGCUUGCAUCAUUAAGGAGAUGAGUAAAGUGACAGCUAAAAGUCCAGUUGUGUGUGUUAGACUUGGUUGUUAGUCUGAAGGAUCGCGUUAGUUUCAGCCCUGAAAUCUGCCGGCUCUGUUUCCUAGUGCCAGGUGGGCCUUCCCCCUCAGUAAACUGUGGAACGGCAUCAUUCAACAAAAGCACGUCCUGGUGCAUUUUUGUUAAGGUUUUAUUUUUGCACAUUUGAUUUUGUUUCCUGUGAAUGAGAAUUGAUCAGUGGUAUAUUUUUUAGGAUAAACUAAAACUAAUAUAUUUGUUAGCUAUGCUACUGAAAUUAUAUAGUCCAUUUUUCCUUUCAUUUUUCUAUUUCUCAGGAUUUCCAGUGUUGCCGUCAUAAUCGUUCACAGAUAUAUUAAUCAUGUUUUGCAACAUAUGAAACUGUUAGUUUCACUGUCAUUUGCUUCUGCUAAUGAAAACUUGGAGAACAAUAUUGAAUAUUAGAUGGAUUGUCAAGAUUCUUAUGUGAUUUCACCAGGAGUGGCUUUUUUGAGAUUACUGUUUUGAGCACUCUUAUUUUAGGAUGAUUAUAAAGUCUUGUUUCUACUUUAA